UAUUACACUAAUUGUGUACUUACAAUUUCAACUAAUUAAUUAUAGUUUCAAUCUUUAUUCGUCACAAUACAUAUUUUCAUCCAUGGAGUUUGCUAACAGCAAUGGUGCCCCGUACCCGGAAGAUAACGAUGAAGAACAACAAGUUUACGAUUCUUCGGAUUGCGAAAGUUGCAUUAGUAGUGAUGAUUCUAGUGAAGGAGAUCAAGAAGGGUUAUUAUAUAGUGAUGAUGGAGUAUUGAUCAAGUUAAAGGAAAAUACAACUAUUUUUGAUAUUAUAGGGUGUAAAUUGUUGUUGAAUAUGGUGAAAAGUUGUACAACCCACAUUAAGGCCAUUCAUAAGAUGAAUUGGUCAUGUUCUCGAACAAUGUUAGCAAGAGCUCGAUGUUUUAAUAUUUUUCGUGGCGCGCUAUUGGAGAAUAAUAGUAAUAAUAAUAAUAAUAAUAAUAAUAAUAAUAAUAAUAAUAAUAAUAAUAAUAAUAAUAAUAAUAGCAAUAACAAUAAUAAUUGUUGGGAUGAUAAUUAUGGUGGUGUUGAUGGUUGUGUGAAGUAUGCUUGGUAUUGUGAUUCUAAGGAAGAGAUUCAAAGGGUUGUUUACCAUGGUUUUGGUCAUCACCAACUUGGAAAUCGAGAUCGAAUUAGUCUUGCUCCCCUUAAUUCUCUUGCUCGAAGUGUGCGAAACUGUGUUGUUGAUGAAGAAGGGCUUAGAUAUGUUUUACUUUGCCGAGUUAUUGUAGAGAAUGGAGAGAUCUUCAAGGAUAUUCUUAGUUCCAAUGGCGAUGACGAUGAUGAUGUUAUUUCUCCAAAUGAGUAUGUUGUUUGGAGUACGAAGAUGAAUACACAUAUUUUGCCAGAAUAUGUUGUUACUUUCAAAACUAUUCCAUCCUUGGAGGCCAAGGGAACUCCGAAGGUUGGACACACAUUGAAGAAACCUACAACCAAUUAUUUGCUGCGUAUUACAACUUUAAUUUCAGUAUUGUCCCACUUUUUAUCUCCAGAUAAAAUGAAUUUGAUCAAGGAACAUUACAUGAUUUUUAAGGAAAAGAAAAUAUCACGUCGAGAAUUUAUGGAGAAACUCAAACAAAACGCCGGAGUUCAUUUAUUGGCCAAAAUCAUUAAACAUUUUGAAGAUAAGCAUGGAAUGAAAAAGUCAAUUGGUUUCUGUUCACGAAAUGAUAUGUGAUGGAUUCUAAGAUCGGCGACAAGAGGAAUGAUAGAAAUUUGAGGACGCAAGCGGAAAUUUUGAUGGACCCGAAUAAUAUAACAAAAUUGUAUUUUUGUCAUUGAUCACAUCAAUAAGAAUUUUACAACAAUAUUUACGAGAGCUCAUGUCUCUCACUUAUCGCUCUCUUGAUUGGCUCACCCUC